AUGGAAAUCAUACUAAAAGCAAUCACCGAUGCUCGAGAAUGGCAACAGGCUCAAGACUUAGCUGAAAAGCCGUCUAGCCAACUGCCUCUCAUCUCGUCUCGCUUCGGUUCACCUCGACAGGCUCCCUCCUCCACGAUGACCAUCUGCAACGUUGAUGGAGCAUGGGACCCGAGUACAAAGAAUUGUGGUUUUGGUGGUGUUUUUUCAGGUUGGAGACCGCACAGAGAGAUCGAACCUCUUCAAGCGUCUCACAGAUUUGUCUCGUCGGCGUUAAUGGCUGAGGCCCUCGCCAUCCGUUCCGCGGUGAUGCAUGCCGCUUUGUUAAACAUAAAAUCUCUGAUGAUACUGUCUGAUUCCCUAUCUUUGGUUCAAUUGCUGAAGGAAGGAGGAUCGGUUCCAGCAUUGUUUGGCAUUUUGUUUGACAUCUACCACUUUAGCUCUACUUUUUAUGUUAUUUCCUUUUCGUAUGUUCCUCGAUUGAGCAAUAUUAUGGCUGACUCGGUGGCAAAGUCAGCUCUUCUAUUGCUUAACUCCACCUCCUUCAAUGGAGUGUAA